AUAUGGCGGACGUUGUGUUCGCUUCAUGUGUGUUUAACAGAAAGUUUUAGAAUAAGAAAACAUAAACAUGUCGCUAGCGACAGCGCGCCCCUUGGUGAGCAUUUACGAUGAGAAAUCGGAAGAGGUUAAGGGCAAGAACAUUUCUUUGCCAGUUGUUUUCAAGGCCCCAAUCAGACCUGAUGUAGUUAACUUUGUACAUCAACAAAUUUCGAUGAACCAUCGUCAACCCUACAGUGUUAGUGACAAGGCUGGUCAUCAAACAUCUGCUGAAUCGUGGGGUACCGGUCGUGCCGUCGCCCGUAUUCCCCGUGUCCGCGGCGGUGGUACUCACCGUUCCGGGCAGGGUGCUUUCGGUAACAUGUGUCGCGGAGGUCGCAUGUUCGCCCCGACCAAGCCGUGGCGCCGUUGGCAUCGUCGCGUCAACGUCAACCAAAGACGUUACGCUCUCGCUUCGGCCGUGGCCGCUUGCGGCGUGCCCGCCCUCGUCAUGAGCAAGGGACACGUCAUCGAUCAAGUGCCCGAGCUUCCCUUGGUCGUGUCGGAUAAGAUCCAAGAAAUGACCAAGACCAAGCAAGCUGUGCAAUUCUUGAGGAGAAUCAAGGCCUGGUCUGACAUCCAAAAGGUGUACAAAAGCCAGCGCUUCCGCGCUGGUAAAGGUAAGAUGCGGAACAGGAGGCGCAUCCAGCGUAAAGGACCAUUGGUCGUGUACCAUCAAGACCAAGGAUUGCGUCGCGCUUUCCGCAACAUCCCCGGCAUCGACCUCAUCAGCGUCGGCAAGCUUAACUUGUUAAAAUUGGCUCCGGGCGGUCACGUCGGACGUUUCGUCAUCUGGACCGAAUCCGCUUUCCAGAGAUUGGACAAAUUGUUCGGCACCUGGAAAACUCCAUCCGGCGAAAAGAAGGGAUACAACUUGCCGCAACCCAAGAUGGCCAAUACAGACCUGUCCAGGUUGUUGAAGGCCGACGAAAUUAAACAAGUUCUCAGAGCUCCACAGAAGAAGAUUGUACGUCGCCAGCGUCGUCUCAAUCCAAUCAGCAACACUAGGGCUAUGCUUCGUCUUAACCCGUACGCUGCCGUUCUAAAACGCCAAGCCAUUCUCAGCGGACAAAAACGUAUGUUGGAACGUGAAGCACUUUUGGCCAAGAAACGCGGUAUUGUCCUCGCUGAUGACUCCGCCGUAAUAAGAACAAGAAAGAUGCAAGAACGCAGAAGGGCGCUCAUUCUUAAAGACAAGAAGAGUAAGCCAAAGAAGGCUAGCAAAAAAGCCCCAGCAAAAAAAUAAUUGGGUGACAUAGUUGUGUAAUAUAAGUUUUAUGCAUUGACUGUGGUAACCUGACAUAUUUGUAAUUAAAUAAAAAGUUU